AUGGCACCUCACGCCGAAGUGGAGCCGGUCACGGACACGUCUUCUGUCGUUGUACCAGACCCAAUCAUCAGCAAGGGGGAAACAAAUGCGAGGUUCACAAUCGAUGAUGUGCUCCCCCACCGUCAACAGUCGGAUCCCAUCUCGACCAUUGUUGCAGCAUUCUCUUCUGCCCAUUUAUUCAAGAGCAAGAGAUCCGCCACCAAACCCAAGUCCAGGAGAUGGGAUCACCGCUUCUCGACCGAGAGUAAGAGCAGACAGCCCUCGUCCUUGAAAGGCGCUAUGAAGUACUUCAAAAAGGACACCAUCAGUCUUUGUGGUGGUCUUCCCUCAGCUGAUUAUUUUCCCUUUCAUGAGGUCAGCGCCAAACUACCACCCGCGCCCCAUUUCUCUCAGGAUGAAAUGGCCGAGUCUGCCCAGUCUUUCUCUGCGGGCAAGUAUGACACCGUCACCGGCGACGCCGUUUACGACCUCCACAUUGCUCUAAACUACGGCCAAUCAAUGGGACCCGGAGCUCUCUUACGCUUUGUCACAGAGCAUACGGAAGCGGUCCACGAUCCCCCCUAUUCUGACUGGGAUAUCUGUAUGAGUGCUGGGAGUACUUCUGCGCUGGAUAUUUCACUUCGCAUGUUCUUGGAGAGGGGCCACUAUGUUAUAACCGAGGAGUAUACUUUCAGCACAGCAAUCGAGACUGUGUCUCCUAUGGGCGCCAAAAUGAUCGGUAUCAAGAUGGAUGCACAUGGAAUGCUCCCCGAUGAGCUGGAUCGUGUUCUUUCAACGUGGGAUGAAGAAGCUCGACAAGCACCCAAGCCUUUUCUUGUUUAUACUGUGCCAACCGGUCAAAACCCUACAGCUAGCACACAACCCCUGCAAAGAAGGAAAGAGAUCUACGCGAUAGCUGAGAAGCACGACCUAUUCAUUCUGGAAGACGAACCAUAUUUCUUCCUUCAGAUGGAGCCUUUCAUUUCAGGCCAAACCCAUUCGGUCCCCAAACCCUUCAAACCGACCCCGGUCAAGGAUUUCCUCGCCAACCUGAUCCCAUCAUAUCUGUCUCUUGAUACAUCCGGUCGAGUCCUACGUCUUGAUUCAUUUUCCAAGAUCAUUGCACCAGGCUCUCGAUGUGGAUGGGUCACAGGCUCUUCACAGGUUGUUGAAAGAUUCCUCCGCCAUAGCGAAGUCAGCGCCCAGACACCGUCGGGUUUCUCCCUAGUCACCCUCUACAAGCUACUUGAGGAGAACUGGGGUCACAAGGGUUUCCUUGAAUGGCUGAUGUACAUCCGCGCCGAAUAUACAAGGAGAAGAGACAUCAUCGUGAACGCAUGCGAGAGGUAUCUACCCGCGGAAGUCGCCAGUUGGGAUCCGCCGAUGGCCGGGAUGUUCCACUGGAUCAAGUUGGACAUCACGAAACACCCACUCUAUGUUCCUGGCGAGGCGAGCCUGCAGAAAAUCCUCGAUAUUGAACACUCCGCAUUCGCAGCUCUUGCCGAUAUGAGUGUACUAUGUGCUAAAGGAUCCUGGUUCCGAGCUGAGAGGGGUUCGGAUACUGAACUCUUCAUCCGUUUGACAUUUGCCGCUGCAGCUCCAGACAAAAUGGUCCAUGCGGUGGAGAAAAUGGGUGUCGCAUUGAGAAGAGAAUUCGGUUUAGAGGAGGUCACACUCGAGCGUACUCAGAAUGGCCAUGCAAAUGGGCAUGCGAAGUGA